AUGAACAAGCUGCGGAUCAGAGAGGCGGGGGCGCUUCCCCAGGAUGACGCCUACAUCGUGGAGGUGUUCGAUUCGACGCUACCGUACCUCGAAGCGAUGGGCAGCCACGGCAUGUGGGGAUCCCGGCCCUUCAGCGAAAAGGAGGGGUUUCGCGAGCAAACGGCGAGGGACGUUCGAGCGUCGGAGAGGUAUCGGGCAAGGGGCGAGGGGGAGGCGUUACGGAUCUUCAUCGCGGACGCCGAGGUCCAGCCGUCUUCGGCGGCGCCUCUCCUUAUCCCGAGCGGCGGCGACGACGAGCCGAGGCGGCACGCCGGUCUCCGGUACUGGACGGGCGACGACGGGGCGCUCUUGCUCUCGGUCGGGGCGGUGUUCGUCCGCGACAACUGGCUCCCCGGGCAUGUCAAGUCGCAGUUUCACGUGGACGCCAUCCGUGCCGAGCUGGAAGGGAAAGAGGGCUUCGUGUAUCUAGACGUGUUGGUCACGGAUUUCAGAACGGGACAUGAGCGCCAGGGGGCCGGGGAGGCGCUUGUGAAGCAAGCCAGGGAUUACGGGCUCGAGAGGGGGGCGAAGACGCUCUACCUCGAUGCGUGGGCGGGAAACGGGAGGAAAUUGGUCGAGUUCUACAGAAAGCUGGGGUUCAGCAUCGUCGCCGACUUUGAGAUGAAGCGGGCGAAUGGCACCAUAUGGCCGGGCACCCUCAUGCGAGUCGGGCUUGAAGGCUCGGAGAGGAACGAGGGACAGUGA